AUGGUCCGACAACAGCAGUACAGAAAAAAAUAUUUCAAGAAGUACUCUCAGUUGAUUUCUCUUAUCCUUGUGGCUGAACGAUAUAAUGACUUGCUCAUAAGAAAUUACGAUAAUCGACCCACUGGGUCUACACCAUUGCCUGAAGUGGAUGAGGUAUAUUCCCAUCAUACUAAGCAUGGAAAAGGUCAUGGCCAUGUUCGUAGUCGUGGUCGUGGCCGUGGUCGUAGCCAAGGAAGAAAUUUUUCUGGUGUUAAUCAUCCCCCAAAGAAAAAUAACCACCAAAAGUGGAAAGGAAAAAGUGAAAAUCCAAAGGCAAUGGGUUUGGAAACUGAAUACUAUCGUUGCGGUGGAAAAGGGCAUUGUGCAAAUAUUUGUCGUACACCAAAAUAUUUGGUUGAGCUUUAUCAAGUAUCUCUAAAGAAUAAAGGCCCAGAAGCCAAUUUUGUCUCUAACAAUUAA